CCUUUCUCAUUGCAGCACUUUCUUUAAUUUACAUUGCUGCAUUCAAAAUAAAUACAAAUAAAGGAGGAAAACGUUCUUAGCAAGAAAAAAAAUGGCACCUAAAAUCAUUGUUCUUGCUCUGGUUUUCUUCGCCAUGGUUUGUAUGGCCUCCGCCAUUGAUGAUUCUACAACAGCAGCUUUGAAAGACGCAGCUAAUGCUCCUAUUCCAAUUGAAAACAACAACAUCAUUGGUACGAUUAAUGGGAGUGAUGACAAUGAAGCUGUAGCUGCUGCACCAGUUGGUGGACCAAUUUCUGGAGUUACUUUUCCUGAUAUAAGCCUACCACCAACACCCAAUGGAGCCACCACUAGCACUCUUGAUUUCACCACAAUUGCCACAAUUAUUGUUGCUGUUUCAUUCUUUUUUUAAUCAUGACUGGAGCUUCAAUCCAUGUUUAACAUCUUAUUUUUCUUGGUUACAUAUUUUCCUGUCUUUAAUUUAUGCUACAUGUUAUCUUGGACAAUAUGUAAAAGACAUCAUCUUUGUAAACCAUGAAAUUUUAAUGAAAAAUGAAAAA